CCCCCCAAGCCCCGCCGCCCCGCCGCCCCGCCGCCCCGCCGCCCCGCCCGCCUCCGAUUUCCAGACCGGCUUCCAGAGAGACGGAACUCUCUCCUCUCUCUCUCUCUCUCUUUUUUUUUCCUCCAAAAGAGAAAAUUCCUGUUCCAAGAGAAAAGAAGGCAAGAUCAAUGAAGGAGAGAAGGGCCAGCCAGAAAUUGUCCAGUAAAUCGAUCAUGGAUCCUAAUCAGAACGUGAAGUGCAAGAUCGUGGUGGUGGGGGACAGUCAGUGCGGGAAAACGGCGCUGCUGCACGUCUUCGCCAAGGACUGCUUCCCCGAGAAUUACGUCCCCACGGUGUUUGAGAAUUACACAGCCAGUUUUGAGAUCGACACACAAAGGAUAGAGCUGAGCCUGUGGGACACGUCGGGUUCUCCCUACUACGACAACGUCCGGCCCCUCUCCUAUCCCGAUUCGGAUGCUGUGCUGAUUUGCUUUGACGUCAGUCGGCCGGAGACCCUCGACAGCGUCCUGAAAAAGUGGAAAGGUGAGAUCCAGGAGUUUUGCCCCAACACCAAAAUGCUCUUGGUUGGCUGCAAAUCUGACCUCCGGACAGAUGUCAGCACAUUGGUAGAGCUCUCCAAUCACAGACAGACCCCGGUGUCCUAUGACCAGGGGGCAAAUAUGGCCAAACAGAUUGGAGCGGCCACGUACAUCGAGUGCUCGGCUCUACAGUCAGAGAACAGCGUCAGAGACAUUUUUCACGUUGCCACCUUGGCGUGUGUCAACAAGACAAAUAAAAACGUUAAGCGGAACAAAUCUCAGCGGGCCACAAAGCGGAUCUCACACAUGCCCAGUAGACCCGAACUGUCUGCGGUCGCCACGGACUUACGGAAGGACAAAGCCAAGAGCUGCACCGUGAUGUGAGUGCCCGCCCCCGGUAGUGCGGGCGCCGAGGGCCGGCUAAGAGAAGCCAACCCGCGAAGCAAAAAGGUGGAAUCUGAAUGAAGUGCACAGCCCAAGUCCGCAUGCCGGCGGCUUAGGAGGUGUUUGAAAAGAUGCUCAUCUUUUUGGAAUCCCGUCCUUAGGUUCGGCACGUAGAGCAGAUGGUGAACACGUUGAAGAGUUUGGAGGUGUGACUUGAAAAAUAUGCCAAAAAAGAGAGAUCCCCCCCCCCCCCGGGCUGGAGGUAGAGAAGGAGGAGGACGACGAGGACCUCCACGAAGAAGGAUCACGCUCUGAAUGGUGCUUGCGUUUUCGUUUUCUUUGUUGCAAUCUCUUCAUGGAUCUCGACUCUUUGAUUUGAUUUUUAAAUGUUUUAAUCUCCUUUACAGAAAGUAUAUAUUAAUAUACCGUCCUCGCCGGGGAACUGGCACUGUGACCUUAGCGUUUAGUUUUCUAGAGGAUGUGAUCUAAUUUCCUCCUAGCUCAUCAUUAAAAUGGAAAUUGUAUCAGGACCCGUGGGAUCUCCAGAGGAAAAGUUCGUGAGGCUCCGAAAUCUUGCCUCCCCGAAGAUAGCUGAGCAAGAUGGUUCUGAGGAAAGGCUUCUGGAGUCUUGCGAGAUAAUGCGGACCGGCGCUACCAAGACGAAAUAGAUCAAAUAGAGAAAAGGGUGUCCGUUUUUAUUCAGUCUGAUGGUUCUGUUCAUCAUUGUGAUUGUCAUUAAAAAGUGGUAAAUUGCUCAGUGUAAUAUUUUUGUGCGCUGUUUAGAAAAGAAGGUGUGUGAUUUCUUUUGCCAUCGUUGAUGAAGGUGCAGAGUCAGAUAAGAGGUGUCUCAGUUUGACGUCAGAAAAUGAUCCAAGGGAAGGGGGGGAAGUGUAGGUACUAUUUUCGCCCGGAGAGAUAAUGAAGGAAUAGCAGCGGAAAGCACACAUCUGUGAGUAAAGCUUUGGGAUCCCGUUACCAAAAGUACAAAGCAAAAGGCCCGUUAUCUUGGGAUGAAGCACCAAAGCUUGGCAGCAUCUGAUGAUCUCUUGGUUUAUUUCACUUUUUUCAAAGAACAUCGGUAAGAGAAGGGACCUUCUUACCUAAGCUUCAGAGAAUCCUUAGAGGAAAGGUGUGCCAGCUCAGUCCCGACGCUACGCUAGGGCGUUUCCAGAGAGCGAUUGCUAAACCUCACGUACCCGGAUUCAGCCAAGGCCCGCGUUCAAUACUUGAUUGCUGUUGUUACGUGAAAUAAUCAGCAUUUAAAAUAGUUUACAGAUAUUUUUUUGACCAGUUCCUUUUAGAGCUUCUUUCAGAGAAGAAACCAGAUCUGACCUGUUUAUUGUUGGCGCUUGUUGAAAACGAGCUUUCUUUCCAAUGAUGAAGCUUCAUUUUUGAAGUGUUGAAGCUGUGCUCCCAUUAAAUUGUGGCAGGAGAGGAGAUUAAGGUAAUUACAACACUCAGUUCUUUGUCUUACAAGCACUUUGUUUGGUCUCUGCGAGAAAAUACCAUUCCCAUCAUUUCCCACGAAAUACAGACGUUUUACCGACAUACUAUGCUUUGAUCGAGGCAGCGUUAUGCUUUGGGCAGUAUUACAAAAUAGCUGGCAAGUGCUUUCUGUAUUUAAAUAUUGUAAAGAGAAAAUAAGUUAUAACUGUUAUAAAGCAGAACUUGCGUUGCAUUUUUUUAAAUGUCGAAGUCACUUUGUAUGUUUGUUUGGUCAAUGUUUCCGCAGUAUUUAUUAAAACAUACUUUUUUUCCCCUUCGAAUAAAAAAGUAACCACG